CAGUGAACUUCAAACGACUUCUGGACCCGUAACUACCAGACCACUAGACCAGACUGCCGGUACUACAUUCAGUGUCUUACUGAUCUCUUGAAUAUUCAUACAGCAGUUCAGUAAAGAAGUAAGUAAGUUAAACUUAAACGAUGGCACCAGAACGCAAUUUUUUUGUUGGAGGCAACUGGAAAAUGAAUGGCAACAAGAAAGAGAUUGAUGCCAUUAUCAGUUUCUUGACUGCUGGCCCACUUGAUCCCAAUGCAGAACUUGUCUGUGGUGUUUCACCUUGCUAUUUGGACUAUGUUCGUCAAAAACUUCCAGCCUCAAUUGGGGUGGCUGCCCAAAAUUGCUACAAAGUUGCUAAGGGUGCUUUCACUGGUGAAAUUUCACCUGCCAUGAUCAAGGAUAUUGGUGCCGAAUGGGUUAUCUUGGGACACUCUGAAAGAAGGAAUGUUUUUGGAGAAUCAGAUGCUUUGAUUGGAGAGAAAGUGAACCAUGCUCUUGCUGAAGGCCUCAAGGUUAUUCCAUGCAUCGGAGAGAAACUAGAAGAACGUGAAGCUGGCAAAACUGAAGAAGUUGUCUUCAGUCAAUUGAAAGCAAUUGUUGAUAAGAUUCCUCAAGAUAAAUGGGACAAUGUUGUGAUUGCAUAUGAGCCUGUUUGGGCCAUUGGAACUGGAAAGACUGCUUCUCCUCAGCAGGCCCAAGAAGUGCAUGGAAAAUUGCGUCAAUGGCUAGUUGACAAUGUAAGUGCUGAAGUAGCACAGAAAACCCGUAUUAUUUAUGGAGGUUCUGUAACAGCUGAAAAUUGCCGUGAACUUGCCAAGGAAGCCGAUAUCGAUGGCUCACUUGUUGGAGGUGCUUCACUCAAACCUGAUUUCAUUCACAUCGUCAAUGCCAGCCAGUAAAGUCAUAACUCAUAAGUCAAAACAACUUUAUAUUAUUUUGUGUUACUUGUGUUGGUAGUGUUUAUUAACCUUAACUUAACUCCUUCAUUCUUGAUGGCUUUACCUAGUGUGGUGUUCCAAACAAUUCUAUUAGUUUUAUUUUGUGGAAAUGUAGUUAUCAAAACCA